AGCUUGUGUGCCGCAGUCGAACAGUAUAGCCAUCAAGUGAUGAAGCCUGCCAAGUUUAUGCCUGCUUAAAAAUUUGGUAACCCUAAUAAAUAAUAAAUAUGAGGGAAAGACAACGCACUGCAGAUAGCAACCGUUUCAAUAGGUCCCCACUCCGAGCUCGCCUUCUCAGUGUUGAAACAUUCGCGGUUUUACCCGAUAACUUACAACAUAUAUCACAAAGUUUCUUUUAUCCGUUUGAUGAUUGCUCGUCUUAACCGAACACAUUUUUCCGACAGCUGUUUUGUUGUGAAAGCGUGUCUAAUGAAGAUACCCUGUUCCUUGUCUUAGUUAUGUGAGAUGCUAACAAGAACAACAACAACAGAAAGUGUGUGUGUGUGGUGGGGUAUCAAUAAACACUUAGUAAACAAAUUUCCAGAUGAGAGGAUCGCUAACGGGUAGCCAAAAGUGACGGUCCUUUCAGUGUAACUCAUUAAGAUCGCACUUGUACGACAGCUACAAAAUAUUGUCACAUUUCUCCUUGGUGGGUGCGACGUGUUCUCGAGGUUAUUACUUCGAUAUUGAGCCUGUGCCCACUCAUAACGCAUUCAGAAUAAGUAGAGCAUACACGCCAUAGAAAUGCACUUGAGUUUCUUGUAGAAAAUUGACCGACUUUUGUCCUGGAUUAUUUACCAAAAGUGCUAGGACUGCUUUCUUUAGCUUUCAGCGCCUUGCAAGUGAAAAGAGUUCGGUGAUUUCACAAACAUGCAUUGCGUAAAAGCGACCUCAGGAGAAUUGAAAGUACCUUGCAAGAAGCAAAGCAGUUGAGAGUCAUGGGAGGACGCUGUCGUUUAUCACACAAACGUCGCAAGAACCACUCACCUCCCGCAGCUGAAGAGCUACACUUUGCUGACUGCGGUGUAAAAACUCCUUUACACUGGCAGAACAACGACAGGCCAGUGGCAGGCGACACUACGGCGGAAAUGAGAAAUUCUUUAUUCUUUCCUUCGUGGAUCCCAUACGUGGUCUGGAUAGGUACCCUAGUGCUGAGAACUACUCACGUCGUGCAGCCAGUCAACUGGUGGGUCUUGCAUCCCGACGAAAUCUUUCAGUCUUCUGAGGUAGCGCACACCGAAGUGUACGGGUUUGGUUUCCGAGCAUACGAAUUUACAAAUGGAGGUUCUGCGGCAGGAGGGAACGUGUCCCUGUUCCGCCAAAGGGAGCUGCAGCUGGGCAUGCGCGCCAUGCGCUCCGCCCUGUACCCUCGCUUCUUCGUCCUCGUGUCUGGCCUGGCUGACCUCCUGGGUGUUGAGGUCAAACCUUUUGUGUUGUGGAGAGCAAGUCAUGCUGCAGUUGCCUCUCUGUUGCCCUUGUCCGUCUACCGUUUCUCUCGAACUUUCUUCCGUUGCAAUGACACUGCGUGUUUGGCAGCCAUCUUGACCGCUUGUUCUCUCCACCUGAACGUUCUCGGAACGCCCCUGGUGAACAGCUUUUUGGCUCCGGCUAUCUUCUGGGUGGCUUCGGUUUCUGUUCUGUCUUCAACGAACGACCGUCCUUCCCGAAAACGUCGAGAGGUUUUCCUUCCGCACCUGUUGCCACCAACCAGGUGUGCACGAGAUGGUGAGUGCAGCAUCGCAACAUUUUUCGAGAGCACGCAAAGAGCUAAUUUUAGUCUACAGCAGGAUGGCGGUGUCCUGUCGGAAAUCAAAUCUGAAAGCAGUCGCGGCUGUAUGGCGGAAGUGGAUGAAACAUGGGCAAACAGGUGUUUCCCAAAUGCAAGCAAUUUGAAGAGUGGGGACAGUGAGGACACUGCAGCCCCAUCUUGGACAUCCGGUGUCGCUGAUCAGGUGAUGAUUUUGAUGGAACACACUUCUUUUAUUCUGUGUGGACUUGUUGCCGCUCUCUGCAUUUAUAUCAGAGUCGACACAGCUUUGUUUCUUGCAGUUAUUCUGCUUCCAUCGUAUUCAAUAAAGACAGUGAAUCAUGCAAACUUAGUGAAGUGCGUCAUCGGAGCAUGCGCAGGGACUGCGCUUGGACUGAUCGUCGACUUCCGGUUUUAUGGAGACAUCGUUGUGACGCCGAUUAACUGGGCGAAAUUCAACAUAUUCGACGAUUUCUCUUCCAAGUAUUUUAGUUCAUCUUCUUUUUUCAAGUACUUCGACGAGCUGUUCGUUCGUGAUAAAGGACAGUCUAUGCUUGGCAUAGUUAGCGUCGCUGGACUCGCCAUCUUGAUUUGUGGAAACAGGAAGUCGUCGGGAAGAAAGGCAGAAAAAGAAUCAGGUGAAAACAGUGUGGCGUUAGUGCUCCGACUCACAUUUUCUUGGCUGUUUUUGCUACUCGUGUAUUCUUGCAAAGGCCACAAGGAGGUGAGGUUUGUGCAUAAUGUGAUAGUGCUCAUCCUGGUGACAUCUGCGUCAGUCAUCUGCCAGACAGUUGCCAUUUGGAGACAAAAUGGCGGCGGCAACUUCUUGAAGAUCGUGUGGCUUUGUCUGGCCUUGCACGCUGCACUCCAGUGGAAAAGGUUUCCCUCAGCGCGUGACGGGUCCAACCAAUCGUGGGCGUAUCACGGCACGUGGGACAGCCACGACAUCAACGCUUGUUUGGCCUACGUUGGCGAGCAGACUGACGUCACUGGAGUGUUUGUGGACAGGAACUUACACGUGACUGGAGGAUACACUCUGCAUCGCGACGUCCCUAUCUUGACCUUUCUCACUCAUGAAUUCGUCGAGUUUGACUCCUCUUCAAAAAUCACCCUCCCUCAACCGACUCUUUUAUCCCCAGGUAAAAACAUCUCCUUUCUGACAUUCGACAAUCCCUCGAAUUAUGUUUCUGUGCAAAACGCUCCCUACCUGGUAAAACUUCUUAUCCAGAAAAGAAACUACAACUACGUGAUUAUUACGCGAAAAAGACGUUUCGUGUCUGUGGGCUACGAGACCGUUUUCGAGCAAGGUACCAUGCGCGUCAUGAAACGUACCUUCCAUCCCGACCACGAACGACAACUGCUUGAAAAAGCUGCACGCGCUCCCAUUGGAGUUAACUCCACUGUCUUGCAGUACGAAGGUGACGUGCUUUUCCGGUUCCAGAAGUUUCGACUGGCUGCGGAGAGAUACCUCGCGGCUCUGUCGCUGGACCCGAUGCAUGUACAUACAUUCCAGGGUCUGGUGGCCUGCGCCACGGAACUAGGAGACCAAGCGGAAGCAGGGCGUUGGACUCAAGAGUGCAUCGACAAGUUUGGGCAACUGAACUGCCGACAAACCACUCGGCAUCACAAACAUAAACCCUGAAAGACGACUAAUGUGACAUUUUAAGGCUUGUAAAAUUAUUUUAAAUGUUGGCUCAAUCUUACAAAGUGUGGCGAUGUUUUUGUGUGGGUCUAGUUGAUAAGUUUGCAAAAUUCCACCGUUUGCCCUCUUCGGCAGAAAUAUUUUCUGCUCCCCAUGACUCAGAACUUCUCCUUCAUACAAUUCACUCUUUAUUCAUGUCAAGUUCAGAUCGUGUAGCUUGUAGAAGACACUCACGGUGAAAGAAUGCUAGAAGCUAAGCCACACACUAUUCUCGAUCCCCUUUUCCCAUUUAAGCACCACACAAAGAGAACUGCUAAACGCUGAAUGGAUGUUGUCAUAGGACACCGGCCUAAGCCAGAUACCCUUAUUGCGACAUACCUCUACUAUGCAGGACAAACCUGGACAAAGUAAUUAUGAGUGCCACCCCACAUACACGGUACAAGCCCACCCUAAACUUUGCAAUUCUCACCUGGAGAUUGGAAAGACGCCAGGAACUCAUCUCUUGCGAGGGCACACACGUAGGCCCAGGGACAGGUGACAGCUCACUACCAUGAGCUCAAAAGUCUAUCGUUGGGUGGGACUAGAAUGUAGGUUUAUCAACCUGUACUUUUCACAAACAAUUAAUUAAAAAUUGCAAAU